GCCCCGUCGUCGGGCGGCGCCGGGCGGAAGCGGGAGCCGCGCGCGCCGUGUUCCGCGUGGUUCCCAGCAUGGUGCUUCGGCGGCUGCUGGCAGCGCUGCUGCACAGCCCGCGGCUGGUGGAGCGUCUGUCGGAGUCGCGGCCCAUCCGGCGCGCGGCGCAGCUCACCGCCUUCGCGCUGCUGCGGGCCCAGCUGUGCGGCCGGGACGCGGCCCGGCGCCUGCGGGCGGCUCCGCUGGGCCGCCGCGCCGCGCGCUUCAGAGACGCCUUCGCGCGGGAGCUGCGCCGCGGCCUGCGGGAGCGCGCGCGGCCUCCCCCGGGUCGCCGCGAGGGGCCGGGCGCGGAUCCCUGAGCGCCGCCGCGCGCCUGCGGCCCAGGCCCGGACGCCCCACGCCGGACCCCACGCCGCUGAAGGAAGCCCGCGAGCGGACGGCGCGGCGCGCGAGGACACCCCGAGCGCCGCGGACAGAGGGCAGACGCCGGCCGGGAAGGCGCGGUCGGGGCCGCCGCCCCCGCGCAGAGGGAGCGGGGCCCCGCUUCGGGGAGGCCUGGACGGGGAGCCAGCCCUGCAGCCGCCGCAGCCCCGAUUAAACGUGCGAGCUGAGCCACG